GUUCGUUAAUUCUAUUGGCCGCAACGGUUGUCCAAACAGUGACGGCACCUGUCUUUCAGGCUUCAGCGACCUCUGCGAAUGCGUGCCGAAUCACAUAAAGCUUUCGAGUGUAGUGUACCAGAUGCGCAUGGGUAAAUUCAUCCCAAUUCGUGUGGUCUUUGAUGUGGUUAUUGUGUGAGGUCCUUGAACCGAUGGCGCAUCGCGAUGAGCAUCGGGUCUUCUGUGGGUCAGCUGAGAGGAAAGGUUCCAUGUCCCAAGACCACCCCAUCCUUCUGAAUGCUCCCAACCGCGAUUCUCGGUACGACAGUGGGUCCAAAAAUGCAUUCGGAGGAAGAGAGGCUUAUACAUGACACAAGGUCAGGCUGCCUAGAAAGCCACCGGCGUUCAUAGUGUAUAAAUGCUGUCAUCUUCGCACAUAUCGACCAAGAGGCUCACCGUUCUGUCUGUUCGACCUAUUGAGAGACAGGCCUUUCAUUGAAAAUGCUGCUCUACACUGUACUCGCGGCACACAUCAUCUUAUCUGCAUUUACUGUGUUCGUAACGCCAACGUUCAUUGGUCCUGUCGUCCGCACUACUAGUGAAGAUCUAUCAAGAGCCGUUAAGGCUUGUGAGCUAUUGAAGGAUAACUUUCCGGAACUCGUCUCUUUUCCAGGCUCCGAGAAUUUCAUCAAUGAUAUUGAACAUUGGGCCUUCUCUAGCGAGGCAAACUCUACUUGCUCAUUUGAGCCGAGGACUGCUGAGGACGUUAGCGCCGCGAUUAAAAUAAUAGGAAGACCAGAUAUCCGUUCACCGUUUGCUGUGAAAUCUGUAGGCCAUGCAUACAAUCCCGGACACAGUUCAACUUUUGGCGUGCAGAUUUCGAUGGCACGAUUUACGAAUGUUAGUCACGAUGUGCAAAAGGGAACCGUGUCAACUGGUGUAGGUCUAUCUUGGGACCAACUCUAUGAGCAACUUGUGCCGUUAGGAGUCAUGGUGGCAGGAGGAAGAAUUCCUGGAGUUGGUGUGGGUGGACUUAGCCUAGGCGGUGGCUACUCCUGGAAGACAAAUCAAUUUGGCCUCACAAUAGACACCAUAGUAGCUCACGAACUCGUCCUACCUUCCGGAGAAAUCGUACACGUUACGAAUCAAACGGAACCAGAUCUUUUCUUUGCCUUGAAGGGAGGCCUGAACAACUUCGGUAUUGUUACUGGGAUAACUCUGAUGGCGCACAACCAGACGGAUGUGUUCGGAGGCGUAAUCAGUUAUUCAAAUGAAAGUAUCGGAAGCUUUAACGAAGCACUCGCUGAUUUUUCUCAGAACAACACGGAUGUAAAGGCUCAGGGAUUAUUUACCUACGCUACGGACGGCACUGCGCCUGUCACCCAGGCUAUACUAGUAUACGAUGCACCGACAGUGCCGAGUGGUAUUUUUGACAAGUUCUUGUCCAUUCCGUCCUUGAGUAGCGACAUAAGGACACGGAAUUUUUCGGAUUUCAUGGCCUCCAUUGGAACUCUUGAUCCAGGGAUCGGCCCUUUCGGAUUCGCUGGAGGUAUGAUUCCAACUGCCAAGUACACUGUCCCGAUCCUCGAGGAGAUAGCGACACAAACGCAAGCCUUUGCUUCCAGGCUGGCACAAGAAAAUAAUGGAACGGCGAUAAGGUUGGCCCUUGUCGCCGAACCCUUCGUGCAUCCCUACGCACAUUCGCUCGGUGGCGCAUAUCCGCACCCUCCAAACCAUGAAGUCCCACCGACGAGUGUCAAUCUGCAAUAUGCAGAAGGAGCGGAUACUCCUUUAUCUGAUCGAGCUGCGCGUCAUGCCGCCUUCGUCGCCGAGGCACAGAAAAUAGCUGAUGUCAUCCAAGCCAAGGCCGUUCAGGAAGGACUCAGCCAAUUCGGUGAUAUUAUAUAUUCAAAUUACGCAUUACCCAAUACGUCUCUGGAACUGAUGUAUGGUGAAAACGUGCCUCGUUUGAAGGAACUUGCAGCGAGAUUUGACCCAGAUAAAAUCAUGACACUUACAGGAGGCUUCCACUUCCAGGAGUAAGGAAUUUGGACUGUUAGUGACGUUGGUAUUGUUGCUCUCCGAUGGUUAGGAUGAACAAUAAUGAGAAAUUGAAAAGGCG